UCACGUGGGUGACGUUAACGCUGGCUGAGAUCCAUCCUACCGGAAGUUAUCAUGUGACCUUUUAUUAUUCAGCAAACACGGAAGUAUUUUUGCGUUUUAUUAAGUUAACCCAAUUAUUACUUUUAUUUUAUACUACAGACCAAUUUUAGAUGGCCAGUGCUUGUUUGUACAGUAAGCUGCACUGACCUAAAGAACACGUCCCUGUAGCAUGACGAGCUAGCCAACAGACCUCUUGGACUGUUAGAAGUCUCUUUAAAACAUCAUAUUGAAGAUAAUCGUAACCAACCUGUACUAAGUUAUCAUCGUAUGCAACUCAAAGGAUCAUGACGGAGCCCACGGCCUCCGGGGUGUUCUGCGACAGGAUGCUGAGCAUGGUCAACUCCGAGGAUGUUAAUGCCAUCAUCCAGGCUCAAAGACACAUGCUUGACCGUUUUGAGAAGACCAAUGAGAUGCUGAUCAAUUUCAACGGCCUGUCCAACGUCCGGCUGCAGCAGAUGAAUGAGCAUUUCUUGGUGCAUACUCGCACCCUGGUGGAGAUGAAGAAAGAUCUGGACAGCAUCUUCAGGAGAAUUAGGAUGCUGAAGGGCAAGAUUGGUAAACAGCACCCUGACGCUUUCAGCAAUAUCCAUGAGCCACCUGUUUUAGACAACGACGAUGACGAGUUUGAUCCUAUGCUGGACCCCAGCGUAGCCAUGAUGAUAAACACCACGUCCACAGCACCCUCUGAGCACAGCUCAGAGUCAUGUGACACAAGCCCCGACGCCCUGUCGCCCGCCGCCAGCAGGUGCUCUGAGGACCUCUCCCAGGGGCCCGUGGACACGCCCACCUCUGACAUCCAGGAGACCGCAGGCCUGAGGGAUGAGGGGCCCGACUCGGCCCCAGUGGAGUGACCCCGCCCUGGCCCGGGUCCGUUUAUUGAACAAUCGGUCAUGGUAGUUCACCCUCCUAAGUUUACUCCAAUUUUUGCUGCUUGCCAAAACUUUGAAAUGGAGAUAUUUUGUAAAUAUGAAACAAAUUCUAAACAUUUACCUCCUUGUGGGAAAUUGCUCAGUUAGCCAGAACACAUUGUAAGAGUGAUGACUGAAAAACAUCCUGCCCUUGAAUGAUAAAAGACCUUUGGGAAUGGACACAACAAUACCGAUGAGUCAUGUUUGGUGAUAGCUGUACGAUUGUUGAACUGUUAAUGAAUGAAUAAAAAUAAUAUUGAUAAUAUUAA